AUGUGGAUCUCCCGACGGAUCAUCCCCACACCCCACCUCCACCUCGUCUCACUCCUCCUCCUCUCCACACGGCUCCUCCACGCCGUCCGAGCAGACGAUGACGACACCGACGGCGACGACGACGAAGCCGUCGUCCUCAAGGACAACUCGCCCAACUGCACGUGCUACACGCUCGACUCGGGCACGAGCGACGACAUGUCGCCGGACAACAGCGAGCCGUACUACUUCACCUACCACCGCUUCUGGGACUUCCGCUCCCUGGCGACGUCGGCGGGCCAGUUCUCCAGCAAGGGCAGCGACGGCGGCACCGCGCCCGACCCGGUGACGGACGACGAGGACGAAGGGCUCGAGACGGUGGCGGACCAGGACGCGGCCUACCUCAACGGCUCGGCGUGGAAUGCCGACUGGGGGAUCCAGAACUGGGGCAAGGAGGCGACGGCGGACUUCCCGGUGCGGAUGCGGAACAGCGCGCGGAAUGUGUAUAUCUCGCAAACCAACGCCAGCGACACGGGCAACGACGAUAUCGAGUUCCCGACGUACCUGACGCUGCGCACCGUGCGGCUCGACGACUUCCAGUCGGCGGCCGAGGUCGAGAACCUGCAAAAGAACGUGAUGCACGCCUCGCUGCGGAUGCGCGCGCGCGUCGUCGGCGACGCGGGCGCCGUCGCCGGCUUCUUCACCGUCUUCGACGACGACAACGAGAGCGACAUUGAGAUCCUGACGGCCGACCCGGACGGCGUGAUUCGCUACACCAACCAACCCUCCCUCUCCCCCACCACCGGCGACGACGUCCCGCACGCCUCGCUGCGCGUCGCCGCCCUGCCCUCGUGGCGCGACUGGCACGACCACCGCAUCGACUGGCUCCCCGGCCGCACCAACUGGUUCCUCGACGGCGUGGCGCGCGCCACAAACACGUACAGCGUCCCCCGGCGGCCCUCGUACCUCGUCCUCAACAUGUGGUCCGACGGCGGCGAGUGGAGCGGGAACAUGAGCGUCGGCGGCGCGGCGGAGCUGCAGGUGCAGUGGGUGGAGGUGGUGUUUAACGUUAGUGGGGCGGUGGGGGGGCCGGCGGGGGCGGAGGGGGAUGAGAAGAGGAAGAGGAGGGGGGUUGGGGUUGGUGGUGGGUAUGAUGAUGAAGAGGGGGAGGAGGGGAGAGAUGACGGUGGGUUGGGGGGGUGGAUGUGGAGGAGGAUGACGGGUAGGGGUGGCGGAGGGGCGGAAGAGAAGAAGACGAACGGCAGUGGGGCGUUGGGGAAGAGGAAGGAGAAGCGUUGCGAUGUCGUUUGCAGCGUGGACGGCGUCAAUGUGACCGGCUUCCCGGAGAUCGCGCACGUGUCCGCCGCGCCGGCGCGCCUGUUGACGUCAGGCGUGUCCGGGUGGGUGUUGGUGGUCGUCGUAGGCCUGGCUACGGCGGUGGUGGGGUUGUGA